CCGCCACUGUACUUGGACAGGCGGGGCCUGCGAUGGCACCGCCAGACGUCGACAGUACUGUGCGAGGGCACGGGAGCGGUCGAUGGUACGCUAGAUGUGCAGACUGAGGACGACCGACCGUUGCUAGGCAGUACCAGUACAACAACGGGCGGUGGUCCAGCACCCGAUCAGGGGACGAUUUCAUCGAACUCGGCUGCCCGCGGCAGUCGGAUACUAUCUUCUGGUAAAGAAGUAGGCCCGAAGCCGAACUCGUCGACCACAGGAACAGGAAGUACACCGGACGGGCCUGCAAGAACUGUAGUUCCAAGCCGGCAGGACACGAAAAGCGUCUCCGCCUUUCUCGGCCGGCUCCCCUGGAGCCCGCGAGCGGAUUACCCGCUCGAGACGCAGUUGAAAACGCACGCGGUAGUAUGCAAGAAAAAAACUGUGUAAGUGUAAGUCUGUCAUGCAAGAAGACAUGAUGCAACACUGUUCCACUUGUCAUGCUAGCCAGCCAUGACGUCCUAUUUCAUAAAGAGUUUUCACGUACUGUCUGUGCAUGACAGGAUCACUUUGUCAUGCAGAGCAAAUUUGCCAUGCUGUCACCUGAAGACAACUACACUAACGCAGUUUUUUCGUUCCAUAGCUAGCGUCGAGCGUGAAGGCGUUCCAGGACUUGCUUGGCGACGAUGUGGAGAAGGAGUUCCGGAAGGCUGCAAUCGACAUUCGGCCGACUUCUGUGCACGACUAUUCCGCCCAGAUUUUCCGCACCCACUUAUGGCGUUCUCAAACGUUACAUUCUCAACUGUUACAUGAUUUGACAUGCAAAAUGACCAUGAGCCACAAGACGAUCCAGCUGCUUCGCAUGACAAGUUCUCGAGUGGCUAGCCAGCGUCUAAAUCUGUGCCAAAUCUGUCAUGCAAGACGCGCAAGCUCCCUCCUUUCACUUUUGCCAUUCUUGCAUCACAAAUUCAUUUAACAGUUGAGAAUGUAACAGUUGAGAACGCCAUACCACUUCAUCCAGUAUGAGGGCGGGAAGAACUACAGCAACGACCCCGUGUUCAGCUGUGGCGAUGGGUCCACGCUGUGCUCCGACCUGAUCUGCCCCAUGUACUGGGCGCCCUGGGACCUGGUGGAGAUCGCGGACCGGCAGAAAACGCCCUGGGACAUUGCAGACAGCAAGUUCCAGAAGCCGAUCAUCCAGUGCGAGUUUGCGCACGCCUGGGGCAACAGCUGUGCGUCUUUGGAAAAAUUCUUUGCAUUGUACUACGACGAAAAGUACCCCAGCAUCCAAGGCGGCUUCAUCUGGGAGUGGGCCGAUGCGCAGCUGCAGGUGUGUGACGACAUGCGGAAGCGGUACGAGAAUGUCACCAUUUUUCCGCCACCAGCGGCAAGGAGAAGAGGCAAAAGCGGUGCAUUUCGGCGGAGUAAAAGGAAUUCGCAAAAUUGUAACACAACCAACGGGCCGCCGAUAGCGCGGCAGGGAGGUGGUGAGAAUAAGGUUAAAGAUGGGCAGGACCACCACCAACAUGCGGGACGAGAAGUAAAACAACAAAUAAACCAGCUAGAGCCGCUUUUGGGCCGCGGUACAACUAUAAACGCCGCAGCCGCAACAUCUUCUGUCGAUGUGCAACAUGCUGUGAUAAGCAGGAAGAAUUCGAAUGAUAACGUUGAAAGGUGUUUCUACGGUGGCGAUUUUGGUUCGACGAGCGGCUGGGAGGACAAUAGUUUUGUUGCGGAUGGACUGUUGCACGCGAAUCGUAUCAACGCGCACCCAACGUACUACGAAGCCCGGUCUCUGCAACGGCCGGUUUUCUUCCGUUUCUCUUCGAAGAUGCACGAGGGUAGUUGUUCCUCUUCUAAAUUCUCGGUUUCCACGGUGGCCGUGCAAAACCGCUUCGACUUCUCGACAUUGAAAAGCGUCGAUUUUUUCGUCGAGAUGCGAGACUCGAUCUUGUCGCCGAACGGAGAUCAUGAAUUGGCGACCGCCCAAACGGUGUUGCUACCUGUGUCACUGGAAGAUCCCGAUGUGCAGCCCAAGCAGUGGACAAGCAUUAUCCUGCCCGACCGCGACACGCUGGCGCGCCUCGCGACGGCCAAAAGCAGUGGGAAGCAACUACUAGGACCCCCGGAAACAUCAAGUACUAAAGUAGACAGUGACCCCGCCGGGUCAACUAGUACUACAUCAGCUGGCUCAGCACCUCGUGGACUGCUCCUGUUUGAGCGCAAGUGGCGCCCAAGACGGCUCUUUGCCGUGUACAAUGCGGCCGCGGAACGGAGCAGCACCUUGCUGCAGCGGCUGGGGUCACGCCUGGGGUUGACGCGGGAGGAUUUGUUGCUCGGCGAGGUGUUUUUCCCCGUUUUCAAGAAACACGCGGACGAGCUGUUUCAUUGUCUAGCAUUCCGCGAUUUUAACUUGGCGCAGUCGCGGAAAAAGGCAAGAACGGUACAACUGAACACGAUCUCUGAGGGGGACGAGCAGGAAGAGGAACUACAGUCGACGCUUGUUGAUAAUUCCCUAGGAACUUCUGACACAACCGAUGGGAACAUGAAUAACCCACUGAAAUUCGAUUUACCUGCUCCUCCUGAAGAAGAGGCAUCUUCAAACACAGGUCGUUCUACUCCUGUCUCAACAUCAUCCGGGCUCACUCUCGUGGAGAACGUGCGGCUGCAUCCUAGCCAGGAGGUUCUCAUAGAAAAGAUCGAGUACCACUUUGUCCGCGCACCGGUGGAGAACGACCGGGGCGGUAUGGACGUGGAACUGUGCACCGGGGGCCGCUGGCUCGCGCACUACGUCUUCGAUUUUUUGGCAAAAAAAGUCACGAACAAAGCGCACGCGGUUCUCUCCUACGCCUGGCUGUGGCUGAAGGUUUUCAAACUCUUGCCCAGGGAUAAAUUUUUGGUGGAGCGCGUGAAAGCCGUCGAGAAGAAGGAAAAGGAGAACUACCGGAAAAAUCGGGUGCCUUUCAACCCAAACGUCCUUUUACAAAACGUCGAAGAGGACCACGACGACGGCAGGACGAGAACAAGUAGGCUGCGGCACAGCGGUGGCUUCCGUGUGACAUCCGUGAAGGGGCAGCCGGGUUCUUCCGGGCAGUUGUUGAGCGGUGCAGCAGUCGUGUCCUCUACAACAGGCGUGAAAGUCGACGCGAGCUACGUGGUGAAGCUCCGCAGUGAGGUGUUGAGUGUGGAUUUGAAAACGACCGUAGUUUCAAAACAAACGAAGACAAGCACAGCACCUCUUACAGCGACCGCCAGCACAAGGAGCCAGCCUGCUGCUCCUCCCGUAGAAAUUGCCAGCCGAGUGCUCGCCUUCUCAUGCGAAGUCGACUUGACCACCUGCGUCACGGAGCAUUUGCCGCGGGUCGGCUUGCGGUUCAAGCUGCCAAAGAGGUAUAACGCCUAUGAGUACUUCGCAAAAGGCCCGUAUGAGAACUACGCGGACCGGCACAGCAGUUGCACGGAAGGCUUCUUCACCGAAGACCUGCGUACCAAAGUCUGCCCCUACGCCAAGCCGCAGGAGUUCGGGGGCAGGUCGAGCGUCAAGUGGGUCCGGUUUCCGGGUGUAAUGGGAAUAAAACUGGUGGAGGACGAUGAAAUAGUAAGUGGAGCGGGCAGAACCAGAAAUUAUAACUCGUCGAGGAAUGUUGAUAAUGAUGAUGGUCCUUGUGAUGUCUCAUCGCUCUGUUCGGUCUCGCACUACAGCACUGAGCAGCUGGCCACGACGGCGCACGCCCAUGAUUUGGUACCGGAGGACGCGACCUGGGUCUGCAUUGAUGUGGCGCACAUGGGGGUCGGAGGUGUCGGCGGCAAGGGAAACGUGUGGGGGUUUGACCCCCAGUUCCUGUUGCCGCCAAAAAGGCUCUGGAAAUUUACCGUGGAGGUGCAUUUCUACUGCUAGGUAAGGGCGCUGGUUGCAAAAGGCUUUUUAGAAGAAGGAGCGCACCAGGUACAAGAAACUGAACAGAGCGUACUUCCUACUCGAAGCCCAUUGAACGUCAUUCCAUGCUGAGGCUGCUACUACGUUACUUUCAUCCUGCAACGCGCGCAAGAGUUAGAAUCGACCUGGUUGAUAUGAGCUGAGUGGUGUACUAGAUGGAUACAAUCGCCUAUCG